AUGAAGGAUCAUUUGGAUUUAUCGAUAUUCCCACCAAAAUCACAAUACAAACGUUCAUGUAAAAAUAUAUUUUUUUCAUACUUGCCAAAUAAUACGAAUUUUCAACAAGGAUAUUUGGGAGUUCAACAAACAAAGAUAGCCGGAAUCUUACAUGUAAGAAGACCAAUUACGAAUCCAUUAUUAACGGAUAAAAUAGAAAUUAUAUUCACCGGGAAGGAAUUCGUCAAAUGGAGUGAAUUGGAAAUGUGUAAAAACGUCAAUAAGAAAAUCAUUGAACUUUCUUACGUUAUUUGGGAAUCAUCGAUUAAGGGAGUCUAUCAAAAGAUAACCGAUUUGGACCUGCCCUUUGAAAUCCCCUUGCCGGAUGAUCUGCCCGAUUCCCUUUUCUUUAAACAUCCCGUUAAGGCCCAAAUAUCUUAUUCUUUAAAGGCGAAAUUUUCCAAACCAACAAAAUAUUUUGGAUUGAAAUGCGGGGUGAAAAAAAUUAGCAUCUUAUGUCCUAUCACAAGGUGGAAUCUACCCGUACGACCUACCCUACAACCAAUUCCCAUGAACGCUAGAAGUUCGAUACCCCCUUCGGGGGGUGUGGAAUAUGUGGCCAAUUUAGAUCAAACGAUUUUCGGGAUUGGAAAUUCCAUCAUAAUUCCUAUAGAGUUGAUCUUGAAAAACAUGAGGGUUUACGUUAAAAAAAUCAAAAUCUUUUUAAAAGAAUAUCAUCAAUUGAUGAGAAAAAAGUUUAUACAUUACAAUUCGGAAAAGGUUGUCAAAUCUGAGGUGUAUGGUGAUCAAUUGAUGCUGGUUUCUGGUACCUUGAAUCGAUACGAGGUUAAAGCCGGUUUGGAUUUGAUCACGAAAAAUAAAAGGAAACCGAUUAUGCCUUCGGUGCAAUCGGAUCAUAUCGUUGUUUGGCACAAGGUUAAGGUUAAGGUGAUCUUAUGCAACGCCCCAAAAAUCAAGUUUGAGAAAGAAAUUAGAAUCGUAAAUUCCUUGUGUGGGGAAGAUGCUCUAAUGAUCACCGAGGAAAGGAGGAAAUCCAAUUGGAGUAAUUGGAGUAAAAUGGACAAAUUAUCCGCAAAAGCCGUUUAUAAUUUAUCAAUUAGCUAA